CUGGCUUCAUUGCUAAAAUUACAUUUUUUUGUCCGGAAACAAUUUUGGAUCCAAGAAUCAUUUGAAUUUGGAAAAAAAACAAAACGGGCCAUAUUUCUAUCACAUUGGGCUUUAGGUUAAACUUUCCGGGAAAAAAUGUGGAAAGUUGAGACCUUUACGAUCAAACCUCGGCGAAACCAGUCACCGUCUCCGGUCUUAAAACCCAUUAAAAGCUUUAUCGGGAAUGUCCCUUAGCAAUCGUUAAUCAAAUUUUGCUAUUCCUUGCUAAAUCCCCUUUGUGUUUUGUGUGUUGUGGGAGGAAGAAGACAAAAAACACAAAUUAUGGCUCCGACUGAGUAUGGUAUUGUCUACGCCGUUCACAUCAUCACUGUCCAGUUCGGCUCCGUCGUAUCGAAAGUCUGCGAAUGUCUUCUCCGUAGAGGACCUCUUUCAUCGCGAGACAUUUCCCGUUUAGCGGAAUCAGAGAUCAAUCAUAAUCAAGUCAAGGAUAUUCUGUACCUCUUGAUUCAACACAAUUGUGUUCAAGCUUUUUCUGUUGAACCCCCUGAUGGUUCGGAGAACAAAGCUAUUACACAGUACAUUGUGCUGUUUAACAACGUUAUUCAUCGUGUGAGGUAUAACAAGUUUUCGAGGGUCGUAAACGAAGAGCUUGGGUCUCAGUGCGGCGCAGUUCUUGAUGGUUUACUUAGUAACGGUAGGCUUACCUUGGGACAGCUGAUAGAAAGAGACAGAGAUUCAGAAAAUACAAUUGGUUCAGAAGCGAUCAGAGAUUCUCUUGAGAAAUUGGUUGCUGCACGUUUUGUUGAGCGCAUUCCUUCUCCCGAACCUGUUCUUGGGAAAAAAGAAGAAGGGCCGGCUGCAAAGAAAAGAGGCGCCAAAGCUGCCAAGAUUUUAAAAGAACCGGAAAGCUUGGAGGAGCGUAUUCUUGAAGCAGCAACUCCAGUUGAAGCAAUAAGGUUUCCACAUAUAUUCAAAGAAGAUUUAAGUUCAUCUUUAGCAGAUAACGAUAGCAACAUCUCUGAGGGGAAGCGUAAACAACGUGAUGUGGAGUCAUCAGAUCCUAGCGAUGAAGUAAUUUGGCGUCCUAACUUCGAGGAGUUCAUCCGUCGCCUUAGACAUAAGGCGUGUGUGGAGAUUGUGAAAGAGCGGAGGGAUGAAGGAUGUGCCAUUGUCUUAAAGGCAAUGCUAGAAGUAGGAAGAUCUCAGGAGAAGAAGGUGAAAACCGACAAGUCUGUUCCAAUGUCUAUGGGUUCCAUCUAUGAAGAGGUUAUAAAAACAGAAGCAGGCCGCACUAUGCUACAAGAGCGAGUUGAAGCGUGCCUUGAACAAUUGAGUGCAUCGUCUUCAUAUCUACCAGCAUUUGUGAUAGAAACGGAUGAUUCAUACAUAGUUGAUUUCAAAUCCAUUAUCAGCGUAGCACAGAAAGAUGAGCUGGAAGCAGUAAUUAUGGGAAGAUAUGGUAAAGAAGCUUUCAGAAUGUUCAGAUACUUAUCACAGGAAGACCGUUUUGUUGAGACCGAUAAGAUUGCUGAUGCCGCGCUGACUGAAAAGAAAAACACACCGCAAAUUCUUUUGAAGAUGUGGAAAGAUAGUUACUUACAUAUGCAGAAAUUGGCUGUCACGGGAGUAUAUGUGCCAUUCCUAUUGUGGAAAGUAAACAAGUUGAUUGUGUCGAGGCAAAUGUUGGAUGAGAUGUAUCAUGCUUCUUUAAACUUGAGUCUCAGGUUGACCCAUGAAGUGGAUUCCGAGAAAGAGUUGCUGUUGCUGCCAAUGGCGAAACUGGAAGGAGCAUUAAAGGAGAGAGUCAAUAAGAUCAAAGCUAAGAGGAUGUUGCUCUCUUCCACUAGGUUUAAGCUUGAUGAUUCCAUUAUGCUUUUUCAUGACUUUUAAACUCUAAAUUAAAUUAAACCCAUUUUCUAUUUUCUUCAUUUUUUAACAUUGUCCUACUUCUACCUACCAUAUCUUGUAGCAGUUUUGUUUUCUAUGUCAUAAUCAGUCUCUGUAACUUGAGGUGAUUGAUACUGUAUUGAUAUAAAUGUUGUUUCUUUC